AUGGGAGUUCAAAAAAAGUUUGAAAUAUCCGCCAAGGAGUUGGGCCGUGGGGAUCCGCUUUUCUCGUGGAACCCGAGCAGCUCGCAACUCGCGGUCUACAGUUCAAGCGGGAGGGUGCGGAUCCUAUCUACAGAUGGAAAGACACUGAACACGUUCUCCCUACCUGGGGUUGUGAAACUCUCCUGGGAUCUAACGCGCGGUACUCUCGCGCUUAUUCAGGAGAGCAGCAGCAACAUAUCUUUACUUCCAGACGGGAAAAAAGGCCUAGACACUGUUGACUCUGGUCUGCAGGAGCUGUGCUUUCUGGCCUGGUCUCCUGUGGGGUCGCAGCUCGCAGUCGGGAGCGCCAUGGGCGCCUUUGUCGUGUUAAACAGUGAGACGCUAAAAAAGGCACCUAUCGUAGGAACACACACCAAAAAAAUCAUUGAUGGUCAGUGGACAGGAAACAAUCAACUUGUCAUGUUGGGGGAGGACAAUGUGAUGUCUGUGUCUGAUGCAGAUGGUACCCUCCAGCAGCAGGUGUCUCUAAAAUCAACACCGCUCUCACUUGCAUUGGCAGAACUUACAGCAGGCGACGCAAACACCUUGUCAACCAAGACUGUUGCGCUGGUGAAUCUUGGUGGGACACUCGAGCAUUACAAUUUGGAAACACUCAAACCUCAGGUGGUGCCGUUUGACGCCAAGCUUGGUACUGUGACGUUGUGCAGGUGUAUUUCUGACGGAGUAACAUGUGUAGGCUUCAACUCUGGAGCGAUCGCACUGCUCUCAGUCUCUAGAGACGGUUCCAAGGUGUACGGUGUGGCACGUCCUUUUAAAGACGCAGUGCGUGACUUGACCUACAGUAAGGGGUCGGGUCUCUGUGCGGCGGUCGGCGAUUACUCUCUCAGGUUCUUCUCCCUCGCCGAUAAGAGAAUGACGGAAAUCAAAGCCGAUGCGGUGGAAGUGGAAGGUGCAUUGGGCACAAUGCGCGCAGUGCAAUGGAGCAAAGACGGGUCAAAUGUCACUGUAUCGACAGAUAAGGGGCAGUUGAUCAGUUACAAUUUGAACGUAUCAGCUGUGAGUACUACAAAUGGAAUGUACAUCUUCUUUUUGACUUCCGCGCGAACAAUUUCGGCAAAGAACCUGCAGGACGGCCGCAUGUUGUACACGGUGUCAGUCGGCAUUGAUCCGACAAUGAUUGCUGCCUGCCGAAGUGUUUUGGCUGUAUGCGCCCGAAACAGUGUAUUGUAUUACACUGUUGAGGGGAAUGAGGCAACGCUAAUCAACACCGUCGAGUACCCAUCCACUGUCACUGCUUUGAAGGUGUCCUCCAGUCAUGCUGCUGUAUUGUACGACGGGAAGAUUCAACUCCACGAGAUUCGUGCCGGUGGAAAUUCUGUUACACUUCCCGAAAGCGGAAGUGCAAACAUUAUCUCUUUGGGUAUGAGCGAAGCCCUCCUCAUCUACGCUACAUUGGAGAAGGUAUGCAUUGUGAAUCUUGCGGACUACCAGUGCGUGGUUGAACAUGUGCCGCCAGCAGGAGUGAAGAAGGCAUUCCCAAAUCCAAGUUGUACGCGAGUAGCGCUCAUCAGCAAGAACGAUGCGCUCUACAUAUUUAAUCCCGUUACACUCGUAUUGACACAGACAGAAGGGUAUGAGGUGGAUCACAAGAAUAUUCUCUGGGACCAAGGUGAUUACGGUGUUUUAGUGUCUUACAAUAGUCGGACGAUGGUGACAUACGUUUACUCGUCGCAUAGUCGUUACGGUCCCACUUCCGAGUCUAUUGUGAUCAAGGAAACCAACACGGACAACCUGUUCACCCCGGUCCCAGGGGGAAGUGUCCCUGUCUGCGUCUUUAAAGGCGUUGUGACAUUUCAGACGUCGAGCGGCUCGUUGGAUAGUAUUACUCUCAAGUCUCACAAUCAAGCAACGGCACGGAGCCCAAACCCUGAGGCUUUUUACAGUAACUUCUCGCUAAAUCACCUGCGCUGGGCGUCGCAGAACAUAUCAACUCCACAGGAGGCAGAGGACCUGGCUGUCAAGGCAUUGCAUAUGCUGGACAUCGAGCUCGCCAUUCGUCUUUAUCGCCAGUUAUCACAACCAAGUCUGGUGAUGUGCCUUGAGAACAUCAGGCACCUUAACGAGAAGAACCUCCUCAUUGGCCACAUUUCCAUGAUUAUGGGUUUCUUUAAGGAUGCGCAGACAUUCUAUCUCCGCUCAUCACAGCCACUUUGCGCGCUGCAAAUGCGUCAUAAUUUAAUGCAAUGGGAACCCGCGCUUUCGCUUGCAAAGCAGAUGGCUCCAGAGAAGGUGCCUCUCCUAUCAAAGGAAUACGCCCAGCAGUUGGAGUACCGUGGGGAGUACGCCAAGGCAUUGGAGAUGUACAGAGCGGGUGAGCGAACAAUGCCGAAGGGCCACGCCAGCACGGAGCUCUCCGCAGCUCAAGGAGAAGUAAAGAACCACAAUGCGGUCUGCUUGCAAGGGGCAGCACGGUGUUUGAUUCGUACUGGAAGCAUCAGAGAAGGUGUAAAGUUGGCGUUGGAUUCGAACGAUCGGACCCUCAUGAUAGAAGGUGCGGAAAUACUAGAGUCUAUUAAACAGUACGAAGAAGCAGCACAUCUGUACGAGAAGGCAUCGGAUUUUGAGCGCGCAGCAAAGAUAUACAUUGUAGAAGCAAGAAACUUGAAGGCUGCGAGCCGCGUUAUCCCUAAGAUUACGUCCCGUAACAUCAUUGGCAUGUUCGCCAAGGGGAAGGAAAACGAGGGUGCCUUUAAGGAGGCUGAGAAGGCGUACACCCAGGCAGAGGACUGGGACAACGUGGUCCGUAUCAAGGUAGAGAAACUGAAUGAUUUACACGGGGCGUACAUGAUAGUACGCCAGACGCGAUCGGCUGCAGCUGCGGCCGUUGUUGCUAACAUGUGCAAAAAGAGGAAUGAGUUUGGCUCUGCCGUAGAGUUUUUCGUUUUGGCAAAAAGUUUUCAGGACGCGUUUGAAUUGGCGAAGGAGAAUAACUGCAUGUCAACUCUUGAAAGUGCAUUGCUGAGCCAGAUUCAACUCACGGACGGCGUGGCACCCGCUGCUAACCAGACGGAAUUUGCAAUGAUUGCGCAUUACUACGAGCAGAGCAACAAGCCAGGCCAGGCGGGGCUGUUCUAUCACAUCGCGGGAGACUUUCCCUUAGCUCUGAAGAACUACCUGGAGGCUGGUGAACCCGAAGACAUUGAGAAGGCGAUUCAGGUCGUGGGUAAAUCGCGGAGUGAUACACUGACUAACAGGCUCAUUGAUUACCUAAUGGGUGACACAGAUGGCGAGCCGAAGGAGCCGUCCUACAUCUUCAAGCUCUACAUGGCAUUGGGCAGCUUUGAAAAGGCUGCGAAAACUUCGGUUUUGAUUGCCACCAAGGAGCAGGAGAUGGGAAGCUAUCUCGCAGCACACAAAACACUUGUGGAGGCAUGCUGUAUCCUCAGGGAAAGGAAAAUGCGUGUGCCCAAUGACUUACGCCGUUCCUUGAUGCUCUUGCACUCAUAUGUAAUUGUCAAGCACCUCAUCAAACCAAUGGGGGAUGAUGAAACCGCCUCACGCAUGCUCUUGCGAGUGGUGCGGAAUAUUCAAAAGUUCCCGCAGCACAUUGCACUCAUCUACACUUCGAGUGCGCUGCAGUGCCUGAAGAGUGGUUUCAAAAAGUCUGCGUUUGACAACGCCUGCAUCAUCAUUCAGAACGAGAAGUAUCGUGCCGAGUUAAAUGAGAAGAACCGGAAGAAAAUUGAAGGUAUCGUGCGUCGGCGCGGAAAGGAGGACAUGGAGGAUCCACCUGAAAAGACGUCCCCCUGCCCAUUUUGUGAUACCCAGGUGCCGGAGACGGAACUGGACUGUGGCGCCUGCAAGAACACACUACCGUUUUGCAUUGUGACAGGCAAGCACAUGGUUAAGGAUAACUACUCCGAGUGCCCCACCUGCCAGUUCCCCGCCCUGUACUCCUCCUUCAUCACUUUUUUGCGGCACUCGCAGGUAUGCCCCAUGUGCGAGAGCGUCGUGGACCUGAACAAGGUGAAGAAGCAAACAGACCCGGACUUGAAGGCCUCUCUCACCUAA